GGCGGUGCUUUGCAGUCUUGGGGAUCUUCAGGUGGGAAGGUGCAGGCAGGGGGUGUCCUAAACAAGCCGCCAACAUGAGCUCCGGGACUCCGUACAUCGGCAGCAAGAUCAGCCUCAUCUCCAAGGCUCAGAUCCGUUAUGAGGGCAUUCUGUAUACCAUCGACACCGAGAACUCCACCGUGGCCCUGGCCAAAGUGCGCUCCUUUGGCACAGAAGACCGUCCAACUGACCGCCCAGCCCCUCCCCGUGAAGAGGUGUAUGAAUAUAUCAUUUUCCGAGGUAGUGAUAUUAAAGAUAUUACUGUGUGUGAGCCUCCAAAGGCCCAGCAUGCAUUGCCCCAGGAUCCAGCCAUUGUCCAGUCCUCAUUAGGUUCUACCUCUACAACAUCGUACCAACCUUCUGUGCCUUACAGCCCAUUUAGAGGCAUGCCCUCAUAUGGCCAGCUAGCUGCCUCCUCUCUCCUUAGCCAGCAGUAUGCAGCCUCCUUGGGCUUAGAGAAGCUGGUAAGUCCUUCGGCUUCAGCCGCAGCUUCCAGUUCCUGCUCUUCCCCCUCUCCACAGCCUGCAGUGCCGGAUCCUGAUAUAUUGGCAGAGCCCCCACACCUCUCUUCAAAGGCAGCAGGCUUCCCAUCUAUUCCAGUAAGGAAAAGCCCAAUGGUGGAGCAAGCUGUUCAGACUGGUCCAGUGGAGAAUGUUAUCCAGAAGAAGCUACAGAUGACAAAGGGGCCAUCUGUGAGAGGGAACAGACAGGGUCAAGCGCCAGCCCAGCCUGCACCAGUUACUGUACCUCCUACUGCACCGGCACAGAAUAUGGUGAAUGAUGAGAACAGAAGGCCCCCAAGACGGCGUUCAGGUAACAGACGUACAAGGAAUCGUGCUCGAGGUCAGAGCCGGCCAACAAAUGUCAAAGACAAUGCUAUAAAAUUUGAUGGGGACUUUGAUUUUGAAAGUGCAAAUGCUCAAUUUAACAGGGAAGAACUGGACAAAGAAUUUAAGGAUAAGCUGAACUUUAGAGAUGACAAGUCUGAAAAGGAGGGUGACGAGAAGGGAGACUCUGGGGUAGAAACACAAAACAGUGAUGGAAACCCGGAAGAGGACCCCCUUGGACCAAAUAUAUACUAUGACCGUUCCAAGUCUUUCUUUGAUAAUAUCUCCUCAGAGAUGAAAUCAAGGCGCACUACAUGGGCAGAGGAGAAAAAGCUGAACACUGAAACAUUUGGGGUCUCUGGAAGAUUCCGUCGAGGCCGCAACUUUCGUGGUGGCUUCAGAGGAGGAAGGGGUGGAGCUGCUCCAAGAAGAAACCAGACAACGCAGAGGGCUGGCACUGGGAGAGUGUGAAGAACUUUGUUGAUAAAAUGGACAGAAGGGGUUUGUGUGUCCCUAGACAGACUUGUCUUCCACAAUUUUUCUUCCCCCCCCAACGCAUUGUAGCAGUUCUGUGCCCCUGCACUGGGCAGGAUAGGUUCUGCAUCGCUUUCAUCCAUGUAACACUGGUUUGUGUAGGCCACAGACUGGAUGGCACAAGGUGCAUGUGCAUAUAGGAGAGGCAUAAGCAGUGCUGCAUCUAUAUAGGGGAAUAUGUGGCACUUGUAUUGAGGUGAGCAGUUAUAUUUUGAACCCCAAAUGGAAGGAGUGUCCUUUCUUUUACUUUUUAAUGUAUGUUUCUGCAACACAUCUCCCUCUUCAUUGAGGAGGGGGUUUUAUUGCCUUUUUCUUUGCUCAGACAAGCAGUCUGCUCACCAUUUUGGUUCAGUACACAACCUUUAUUUUGGGCCAUUACUAAAGUUUUCAGUUGGGAAAUGCACUGUACUAAAACAGGCUUAUGGGUGGUGGGCAAUUUUACCCCCUCCACUUUAUUUUAAUUUUAUUUUCCCCUCAAGUCUAAGCCAUUAGUGCUGUUGUCACGUGCAAGAAUGGAAAGUUAACUGUGUGCUAUACAGAUUAACAUGGUUUCAAAAAUCACUGGCUAUUGAUUGCUAGCUAACUGCUGUAGUUACGCCAGAGGCAGGUAGCCUGUGGCUCUCCAGCUGUUGAGCUAACACUUCAACAUGUGGUCAGCUGUAACUGAAUGUCUCACAUGUUGUGCACCUCAAGCCGAAUUCUGCCAAAACAGCAUGUCUCCUGAGCAAUUAUCUAGAGUAACAUGCUACAGGUUUGCAUGAAAUGGGUCUACAUUGUGGUGUUGUCUUUUUGUUUUUGAUGUGAUGCACUUGCCCAGUAUUGUCAAAUUCUGCAAAUGACAAUUUUUAAGUUAUUCAUUAAGUUUAAUUGAAAAAGAGUCUUUAUUUUUGUAGAAUCCUGGUGCUGAUAACCAGUAGCCCAUUGGGAUGUGAUUUACGCUGUAAUCUACCAAUAAAUCUACAAACAUUUCA